AUGCCGACUGCCGAAGAACUGCAACAGCAACUCGAAAAACAGCAAGAAGCCAUCCGGAAGCUAGAGCAAGAACUCGCCAAUACUCGAGCAACCAAAACCACGGGAGAUGAAGAGCUGCUCAAGAACCUCGACGAAGUAAAGGUCACAUCGUCGAACUUGAAGCUACCGACAUUUUGGCGACGCGAUCCAGCGUUGUGGUUCGCACAGGUUGAAGCACAGUUUCACACCGCACGGAUAACCUCGGACCAGACGAAGUAUUGCACCGUGGUAGCGGCGCUAGACUGCAGCACACUCCAGCCAGUCACAGACAUCGUAGCGAACCCACCAGACAAAGAGAGGUACGACACAAUUAAGAAGAAACUGAUAGCCGCCUACACCGACUCACAGGAGAAGCAGCUACGAAAGCUGAUAAACGAGAUGGAGCUAGGGGACCGACAACCAUCCCAGUUAUUCCGCGAAAUGAAGGCACUCGCGGGGCAGCAGAUGAAUAGCGAAGUCGUAAAAACGCUCUGGCUACAGCGACUUCCACCACAUGUCCAACUCGUGCUGUCUGCGAGCGAGGGAGUACCGCUGGAAAAGAUGGCAGAAAUCGCGGACAAAUUGGCGGAAAUACACAGAAGCAACGCUAUGGCUUCCAGUAUCAACGCGAUAGGCGCCACCAGCGACACGACGCGGCAGAACACCAUCGUACCAACGCAGGAAACUAACCUCAUUACGGUAAUUGCAGACCUCCAGAAACAGAUGGCGGCCUUAUCGAUAGCCGUAACUCAUCUAACCAACACGAGAGGGCGCAGUCCACAAGCACGGCAAAAUGACCGUCGAAAUCGGUCAAGGACACACAGCAGGCAACGCACGGAUCAAAAUGGCGUUUGUUAUUACCACGCCAAGUUCGGUGUAAACGCCCGAAAGUGUUUCAAACCCUGCACGUUUGUACAGCCGGAAAACUAG